AUGGAAGAUCAUUUCCAAUUUGAAGAUUUCGACAAUCCGCAACUGUUGGCUACCAAUAAUCGUGAUCAACAGAUAACAAUUGUCGCAGCUAAUGAUAAAAUUAAACGUACUAAAAAUGAACAGCAAGUUAUUAAGGAAAAUAAUUUACGUGAACCAAAUCAACAAAAAUCAAUUGAACAAACCCACUUAGACAUUAUACCUAGUGGGAACGAUCUACUGACAAUUACCUUUGGACCAGUUAAUAUGUUAGAUGCAGAAUCAUAUAAAAUUACAUGUAGUUUAGGCACAUGGGCAGUCGGUGGUACACUUAUUAUGAUCAAGACAAAGCAUGAAGUACUUCAUGUUGGCACUGAUCCAAUAAAUCGAUUUGCCUUUAUUAAAACUACAUAUAACAAUAUUCCUAUUGUUAUUGUUAUUGUUAAUGUAUACGCACCCGCACAAAUUACUGAACGGUCUAAAGCACAUUUUACUUACUACAAAUUCAAUCAAAAUAGAAUACAAUUUCUUGAUCAUCCGACAAAAGGUCGUGUUAAAACUGACUUGGAAAUGCUUGAACUUGCAACUGACUUUUACAAAGAUUUAUAUGAUGUUAAAACUGUCGAUACAACUAUAUGGAAUGAAUUAUUUACAGGUCUUCCAACAUUAAAUCCAAUAGAUAUGAUAUGCCUCGAACAUGAUAUUGGUUAUGCAAAAUGUCAUAAUACUUUAAAAAUAAUGCCUUUAGGUCGUGUUCCUGGUGAAGAUGGAAUAACAAUCGAAGUAUGGAGGUAUUUAUUUCCAAUUAUAGGUGAAUAUUAUGUUCGAAUGAUUAAUGUCGCAAAAUGUAAUGGUCAUUUCCAUGAUGGUUUUCUAAAUGCAAUGCUGACUUUCUUAAAACAGGAAGGGAAUAAUAAUGGCUCAAUGAAAGGUUUUAGAUCCCUAUCACUAAUGCAUAUAGAUUAUAAAAUAUUAUCCAAAGUAUUAAAUGUACAUCUAAAAAAGUUUUGA